AUGAGAGCCUUAUGCGUUGUACUAUUGGUGCUUGUUACUGUCAAAGCGGAAGAUGGUGAUGAUGGUGAUGGAGGUGUGGUACUAGGAUGUGAAGGCGGUGGCGAAGACCCCGAAAAUAGUGAUAACCCUGAAGGCAGUGUCGCAGAAAGCGAAAAGUCUGAUGAAGAGGAUCUGGCGAAGAGCUUUGGAAUCGACAUUGAGAAUAUUAAGAAAGAUGUAUGCAAUAACUUUACUGAACUCAACCGUGCGGUGUAUGCAGUGAUAGACAAAGACAAUGAUACCAAGGCAAAGCUGGAUGAAAACCCCGAUUGUAUGUGCAUCAGGAUGGCAGUGAAAAUUCUAGAAGGAAAAACAUCGCCGAUGUCGUUCACUAAAGCAUAUCACGCUUUUACCGCUAUUCAAGACGGACUAUCGGAUACAAACAUUGCUGAACAACUUUGGAGAGAAGAAAAUUUCAAAGAAGGAGAAAAAGGAGGCAUCAUGUCAGACCUGCUAGGUAUCGCAAUAAGGAGAGAAGGAGUGAAACUGGGACAUGGAUGCGCUAAGAACGAUAGAAUGGCAGUCUGCACUUUCGCACCCCCUGUGGAACUUCUGAAAGUGUUUGAAGAAGAAGCAGAAGAGUGGUUGGAAUUCUUGAGGUUAUUAGAUAAGGAAGAUGUUCCUAAGAAGGCAUAA